AUGCUGCUGUUCGACCGCGGCGCCAAAACGGCGCCCUCGCAUUAUCCACGCAUUCUAUUCCAUGGCCUACGCACCGCCCAAUUGAUGGCAAGCCUAAUCGUUGGAGCCAUUAUGAGUUACUUCAUCUACCACUUGAGUCACGACGAAACCACAUACCAAACGCCAUGGACUUUCAAAUGGCUGACAGCGGCUUCUCUGUUCUCCAUUGCAGCUCUUGCUAUCACAAUCGUCAUGCAUUGCURCUUCGGCCUGAACCCAAGAUUUAACCUUGCCGUCAACGGCAUCCAGGCGAUUCUGUGGACAGUGAGCUGGAGUCUUCUCACUUGGUUCAUGAGUGGCACAUUAGCUCACGUCUGUGAUAUUGAGCACUGGAAAGAAGAUGUCGGCAUCAUGGUCUGCCGCAUCUACAAGGCGUUGUUCACCUUUACGCUGAUUGGAUUUGUGUCUACACUCGUCGCUUUUGGACUAGACAUCUAUGUUCGACGUCAACAGACACGACGAGGAAUCUAUCGCUUGCACGAUCUGAACGGCAAAGGAGCCGUCACAACAGGAGCGAGAGGCGCUUUUGCCGAUGAUGCUGAGUCCGAACGCCGUGAAAGCGGAGCAUGGGAUGCACCACGGCUGUCUAUGGGCCCGUAUCGCGAACCUACCGACGCAAGGGUGCAGAAGCAAGGCUACUCUGUGCCCGAGAACCAGUUCGACUAUGAUACCGGGUACGGUGGGAACCAAGCAGGGAGAAUCCAAUGA